CGCUCCCCUUUAUUUCCACUCCCCACCGGCGGAGCUUGGCUCCCCUCCCUUCCCCCCUCUCCCUCUCUCUCCCUCUCGGCGAGUCAGUAUUUGGAGCUCCCGGAAGCCGCCGGCCACUCUCCCCGGGAGCAGCGUGACCGACACCGACUCCUGCUUGGGGGGGUGAGGAGGAGGAGAAGGGGAGGAGGGCGCGCGAGUGGCCGAGCGCGGAUUGGCAUCGCCCAGCACCGGACCGCAGAACCCGAGGGCAGGAUGGCAGAAAUGCAGGGGCUCAUGGAAAGACUGGAGCGGGCUGUCGGCCGACUGGAGCUGUUGUCUGCAGGGUCGCACAGGCCUCCUGGGGACUGCGGGGAAGUUAACGGUGUCAACGGAGGUGUGGCACCCUCUGUGGAGGCCUUCGACAAGCUGAUGAACAGCAUGGUGGCUGAGUUUUUAAAGAAAAGUAGGAUCCUGGCCGGUGACGUGGAGACCCAUGCAGAAAUGGUGCAUAGCGCUUUCCAGGCCCAGCGAGCUUUCCUUCUGAUGGCCUCUCAGUACCAGCAACCCCAAGAGAACGACGUGGCUGCACUUCUGAAACCAAUAUCGGAAAAGAUUCAGGAGAUCCAGACUUUCAGAGAGAGGAACCGGGGGAGUACGAUGUUUAAUCAUCUCUCAGCCGUCAGCGAAAGCAUUCCCGCCCUUGGGUGGAUAGCCGUGUCCCCCAAACCUGGUCCUUAUGUCAAGGAAAUGAACGACGCGGCCACCUUUUACACUAACAGGGUCUUAAAGGACUACAAACACAGUGAUCUACGUCAUGUGGAUUGGGUGAAGUCAUAUCUGAACAUUUGGAGCGAGCUUCAAGCAUACAUCAAGGAACACCACACCACAGGCCUUACUUGGAGCAAAACAGGUCCGGUCGCAUCAACUGCAUCAGCGUUGUCUGUCCUCUCCCUUGGGCCUGGCCUUCCUCCACCCCCACCUCCCCCACCUCCUCCAGGGCCACCUCUGCUUUUUGAGAGUGAGGGCAUAAAAGAAGCGUCCUCUCCUUCACGCUCAGCUUUAUUUGCACAACUUAACCAAGGGGAGGCAAUUACGAAAGGACUCCGGCAUGUUACAGAUGAACAGAAGACAUACAAGAAUCCCAACCUACGGGCUCAUGGAGGACAAUCUCCAUCUCCUACCAAAAGCCACACUCCAGGCCCCAAGUCUCCCCAGUCUCAUCCUCCUAAGAAACAUGCUCCUGUGUUACAGCUAGAAGGGAAGAAAUGGAGAGUGGAGUACCAAGAGGACAGGAAUGACCUUGUGAUUUCAGAGACUGAACUGAGACAGGUGGCAUACAUUUUCAAGUGCGGCAAGUCUACUCUGCAGAUAAAAGGGAAAAUAAAUUCCAUUAUAAUUGACAACUGUAAGAAGUUUGGCCUGGUGUUUGACACUGUGGUGGGCAUUGUGGAAGUGAUCAACUCCAAGGACAUUCAAAUGCAGGUAAUGGGGAAAGUGCCAACAAUUUCCAUUAAUAAGACAGAAGGCUGCCACAUAUACCUCAGUGAAGAUGCGUUAGACUGUGAGAUUGUGAGUGCCAAGUCAUCUGAAAUGAAUAUACUUAUCCCUCAGGAUGGUGAUUAUAGAGAAUUUCCUGUUCCGGAACAGUUCAAGACAGCCUGGGAUGGAGCCAAGCUAAUUACUGAACCUACAGAAAUCAUGGUUUCCGAGAGACCACCAAAGCCCCUGACCUGAAUCCCCAGCCCAACAUGAAAAAAAACAAAACAAAAAAAAAACAAAAAACAGCAGCAUUAAGGACCCAGAAGUUGCAGUAGCACCUACUGCUUUAGUUUUGGCCUCCAACAAUUCUGUGCUGUAGAAACAGCGUCAUUUCUGGCACACCUCUGAGGGCUUUUUGAAAUAUUUAACAUUUCUUCAUGAUUUGCCUUUGUGUGUGAUUUGAGUUCCACAUGAUGACUUGUGAGCAUUACAUAUUUAAAGGAAAAAAAAAAGAGAGAAUUCUGUUCCCCUCAUAUCAUUUUCACAGUAGCUGAGAGGUAAAGGUACCGCGUGACUCACUGUUACACCUGUGUUUAAUUGCUAGUUGAAAAAUAAAACCUUUGAGAAUCUAA